AACACCUCCUCUUGUUCAGCACCCCAAAGUCGAAGGAUAGCUCUGCUCUGUGUUGGCCUCUUUCAACAGCAGAAACUGAGAGAUUAAUCUAGUGUUUUAUAAUACAACCACUUCUCUCAGGGUCCAUAUCUGUUUUGGGAACCAUCGGAAUAGUCAUUUUUAGUGUGAGAAGAGAAGAAACUGGCGUCAAACAUGCGUAGAAAUCAACGCUGUCCAAGCAGGGAACCACCGAGAGAGGACUUAUCACCGCUCAUCUGAGGAACAACAUCUACAUCAUUAUUAUUAGUAUUAUUAUUAUUAUCUGUUAAAUAAGAUAACAACAUUACAUAGCUUAGCUAGCUAACGUUAGCUCCGUAGACUUAUCUCUUCACACACUAAAGCAGACAUCCAGCAGAGCAUCAAGAUUGGAUCUACAGUCGCAACAGCAGGAAAACCUAUAGGCAGCAAUGGGUGCAUUCCUGGACAAGCCGAAGACGGAGAAGCAUAGUGCCCACGGCGAGGGCAAUGGGCUGCGUUAUGGCCUGAGUUCCAUGCAGGGCUGGCGGGUGGAGAUGGAGGACGCCCACACAGCUGUGGUGGGCCUCCCCCAUGGACUCACCGACUGGUCCUUCUUUGCAGUCUACGAUGGCCAUGCAGGCUCCCGGGUGGCCAACUACUGCUCCGGCCACUUGCUGGAACACAUCUUGUCAGGAGGGGCCGACUUCAGUUCAGGAUCCGGCUCCGUGGAGGGCGUGAAGGACGGCAUCCGCUCGGGCUUCCUGAACAUUGACGAGUACAUGCGCAGCUUCUCUGACCUGCGGCAGGGCCUGGACCGCAGCGGAUCAACGGCCGUGUGCGUGUUGCUCAGCCCGACCCACCUCUACUUCAUUAACUGCGGCGACUCGCGGGCCGUGCUGAGUCGAGACACCAAGGUGGGCUUCUCCACCCAGGACCACAAGCCCUGCAACCCCCGUGAAAAGGAGCGCAUCCAGAACGCUGGCGGCUCAGUCAUGAUCCAGAGGGUAAACGGCUCCCUGGCUGUGUCCCGGGCCCUGGGGGACUACGACUACAAAUGUGUGGAUGGUAAGGGCCCCACGGAGCAGCUGGUGAGCCCCGAGCCCGAGGUGUGUGUGUUGGAGCGGGCGGCCGAAGGAGACGAGUUUGUGGUGCUGGCGUGUGAUGGAAUCUGGGAUGUCAUGUCCAACGAGGAGCUGUGUGAAUUUGUCCGCUCACGACUCCUGGUGUGUGAUGACCUGGAGAAGGUCUGUAACUCAGUGGUGGACACCUGUCUGCAUAAGGGGAGCAGGGACAAUAUGAGUGUGGUGGUGGUGUGUUUACCCGGAGCUCCCAAGAUCUCAGAGGAGGCUGUGAAGAAAGAAGAGGAGUUGGAUAAGUACCUGGAGACCCGUGUUGAGGAGCUACUGGUCAGCUGUGGGGAGGCGGGAGUCCCUGACCUGGUGUCUGUCCUGAGGAGCAUUGCCACAGAGAACAUCCCAAACCUUCCACCUGGCGGAGGCCUGGCCAGCAAACGGAGUGUGAUCGAGGCGGUGUACAACAAGCUGAACCCUCACAGAGAAGAGGAAGGGCCUCACCCCUCCCUGCCUCCCCACACCUGCUUACAGUGGACGGAACUGACAAGAAAAGGAGAGGAGACCCUCUGAACUGCAGCUGUCUCCAGGCCUACUCCACCUACAGACUCAGAACACACUCUUUUGCGUUUAUGUAUGUAUGGGUGCGUGUAUGUGUGUGUGUGUGUGUGUGUGUGUGUGUGUGUCUGCAUGAGUUCGAGUGACGGAGAAAAAGACCGAUCGUCACUACUGAAAUGUGUGUUUUUUGGUAGAGGGUGAUUGUUUAUCAGCGAGUUCAGCGAUGUUAGGUUGUUCAGACCAGUCUGGGUACUGAAAUACAGUUUAACCCCAGAGGGACACUUGUGUAGGUGGAUUGGUGGGUGUAUACUUAGUAGAUUGAGCGGCAUUUCAUUCACCUCACCAUAUACGCCUAAUAAUAAUCACCACAUUUUAGUACGCUGCCUCACAGUCACACAGAAAGAAGGUAAAAUCUUUUCCUAGUUGUUAUUAUUCAAGUCGAUGUAAAGGUGUCAGUAAGUACGCUAGUACCAGGUGACUAAAGGCUAUAAAAGUGACUUGUGUUUAAAUAAGCAACCCUGUAAGGCCCCCGAUCACGCAGAGACGCGUCGCUACAGGCUCACCCGCUUCUCAAAGAUAGUACGUUCACAACAUGAGAUGUGAAAUGAGAUGAUGAAAGUUGAGCUAACUCAAACUGUGUAGAGCUAUUUAAAAAACUUGUCACUGUAGAUGCGAUUAACUGCCUCGCUUUAGGUAACAAUAUGUCCUUUCUUUUGGCAACACCCUCAGGCUAACACAUUCUUUUCCCAAACAUGCGACUGACAUCACAUCCCUAAAGUAACACUCCUAGCGUGGCUGAAAAUGUCAUAGCAUUGAUCUCCAACAUUUAGCACCUGUACAAUUGAUUACACCUGGACAACGGUGUGUUUUAUGUGAGAUGGUUGUUUAUCUGUAAUCCGUAUAGCUGAGGUAUUAGUGAACCAGGUUUUCAUAAAGUUCCCACUGCACAUGCUGACAGCCGCUGGUAUUAACUGUGGCAGGAUGUGUUUCAGCUUGAUAAAAAAUCCCACACACCGUAUAUUUCAUUCCUCACAGGUUAAAAAAAACCACACAGUCUGAAACUCUUGCCUCAUUGUGAAAGUUUGACUCGAAACAGACUGAACCUACUCCUUUUAAAAGCAGGUAGAGGGAUGUUAUUGUAAGUCUGUAUAAAGCCUAGUACCCAGUGACCCUGGUAAUGCAUGCACUGCACUUAUCUUUUCAAUAUCUAAGGCACUUAACUAUCGGAGGGGAGGUUAUGCUAAACACUGCGCGUAUGUAUGUAUGUAUGUAUGUAUGUUUGUGUGUGUAUGAGUUGUAUUUGUAUGCGGUUACGUGGGCCGAAUCAGUCCCACAAAUGAACAAAUGAACAAAUAAAAAUGAUUUGAGGUAUAAUGCUA